GGUGAGAUGAGAGGGAGUGGACUACUGCUAUACCACACUUGAUAUCAGUCAAUACAAUUAUAAUAUUACAGUCCUUUCUUGGUAGGAUUUCAACGUGACCACGGUAUCCAAAAUGGCGUACGUACAUCACUCUAUUGCUGACGUCAACACAACUGUCACGUGCGUCUUAACGCAUCAAUUCUUUGAAGUGUUUAUAAAAACCCUACCCUACAGCUUAACAGCCACGCUCUGUGUUCUUAACGCCGUACUAGCAGUGAUAUCCACUCUACUUAACCUCUUGAUAAUGGCCGCCAUUAUAUCAACACCGAAGCUACGCAAGCCUUCAUUCGUCCUACUAUGCAACCUGGCCCUUACGGAUUUUGCUGUGGGAAUAACAUUUGGUCCUAUCGAGGUGGCGUACUUGAUAACGAGGGCAGUAGGGCAUUACAGUUCGUUCUGUACGAUUUGGAAGGUCCUGACAAUAACAGGUUUUUUCUUGUGUUCGGCGUCAAUGUAUACUUUGACUGCUAUCAGCUACGAUCGAUACCUAUCCGUGGCAAUGUCGGUAAAGUAUCGGACAAUUGUAACCAAGAAAAAAGCUUACUAUACUGUGAUUGUUAUAUGGGUGUUUUCUGCUAUGGGGACGUCUCUGAUAGGUAUUAUGGGUAAGGAGGCAUACUUAGUUCUAGUGUGCUGUGUUAUGGCGCUAAAUAUGGUCGUUAUUGUCGAUUGUUAUUUACUUUCCUUUUCUGUUAUGAAACAACAAGAGACCAAUCGUCCAGCUUCAUUGCUUCUAAAAAGUAAAUCGGAGCCAAAUUUAUCCGCACAAAAGAUUAACAACAGACUGUCGGCCACAUUGAAACGUUUAUCAGAUUACGAUGACAGAUCGUCUGGAUUUAAUCCUGGAAAAAAGACGAAAGAAAGCGAAGAACCAGGAAACGAAAGCCAAAACCGUUCGUCAUGGACUCGAAACAGACAGCUUGCAGUUUUGGAAGUGAGGUGCGAGACUAAAACUGAACAAUUGAAAGUGAAUAACUUAAUGGUAAAACUGGAUGAUGAAGCAAAUCAAAUUCAAAAUUUACCAAGCCCGAGAAAAACAACAGUUUACAAAUUAGACGACGUUCAAAGUUUCAAAAACUCUCAACACACUAUUCUCGUUAUAGUGGUUUUUCUUUUUCUCUGUUAUCUACCAUUUUUGAUAGUUAGUAUUUUGAUAUCAUCCCAUAUGAUUAAUAGCGGUGUUAGCAAGAAUUUAGCAGCCAUUAUGGUAUAUGCGAAUUCGUCUAUUAACGCGGUUAUCAUGUGCACUAGAAUCAGUGCUAUUCGAAUUUCGUGUUGGAGAAUCGUUAGGAAAAUAUGUAAGAGAGAGAACUGAACACAUUUGUUCUGAGAGAUUAAUAUUAGUUGUACCGAUAUUUGAUAUUAAUUCGAACAUUGAUAAAUAAUAGUAAUAAAUAUUAAUUAAUAAUGAGUAAAGAGAUAAGAUCUGGAUGACUGUUAUUUCAAUGGCGCUUAUGUAGGCAAGGUUUUUUCCUGUUUGGGGUAAAAAAAGAGUGUAUUCAUUGUAAUUCUAAUGUUCAUUGAAAUGAUCACGUGCUUAGGUUCCCAUGACAACCAUUAUCAUUCCAGCAUGCAGCACUGUUGAUUGGUUUUACAACCCUUGACGAAAUAAUUAAGACAAAAAGCUUAUUAAUUAACCAAAAAAUCUUAUUUCAAGAUUUACUACUUUUUUGUUUUGUUUUUUUUUUGCAGAAACUCGACCUGGAAAUAUAGUUUCCAAGAAAAGCGCUUAAUUCAUCUCAUAUUUAUACAAUAUAAACAUUGAAUAAUGAGCUUUUAAUAAGAUAUUUUGUCGUGUUUCGUUGGAAAAAACUAGAGACGCUUUUAACGGACAUUAUAGGACCCGCGUCUGACACCAUUUGAAAAUACAAGCACGUGUUCAAUCAAUGUCAUUUUAUAACAAUUUUCUUAAAUUUCAAAGGCAACGAAAAAUAAAAAAAUAUAUAUAGAAAACGUUUUCUGGGCUAUCUUGAAGGAGAAUUAAUCAAAUUAAAUUCUUAAAGACUCUGUUGUUUAUUGUUUUGACGCUGUAGGAGAAAAAAUACCUGUAAGUCGUUCAUAAGCGGUGUCCCGCUUUAUAUAAAUAAAUGAAAUCCAGCCAA